AUGACAAAAUUACUUCAUUUUGGUGGUGUGUGGAUGAUUGGGUGCCUUGGAAUUACUCUUGCCUUUUUUGGACCAAUGCAUGAGAAGUGUGCCAAAUAUUGCUCUAAACCACCUCCUAAGGUCACCGGGGCCAAGACUGUCUGCAUCACUGGCUGGGACAACUGUACAUACUGCAAGUUUUACGUGAAUAACUGUCCGGAUAUCCAAGACUGUAACAACAACGCUGCACCUGUUCCGUCCAAAGGAAAUCACUGCAUGAUCUGUCCCGAUGUUGACUGUGUUUAUAACGGACAUGUAUACUACGCGGAGGAAAUGUUCGACUCUGUUGACGGAAUAAACAAGUGCAUGUGUUUGAGGGGCGGACAUAUCAAAUGUGAAGAACAUUAUCUUGGCUCAAGUUUUACAUUUUGCUCAUGA